ACAAGAGAUGGCUGGUUGCCCUCCAUUUCAUGGGCAGCCCCUGGCUCUUCAUGUCACAAGGUUAAUGUGGCCUGAGUGGAAAAGAGGGUGGCGAGAGAGAGAGACGUUCGUAUAACUAAAAGUCACCGGCUUUGCUCGGCGAGACAUGUGAUGGGAAGGUUUGAAACCCCUCUCCUCUUCCAAUCCAAAAUCCUCUGCCUCUCCCUUCUCUAUCUCCUCACCACUCUCCCCUUCUCUAUCUACGUCUCCAUCUCCCAGACGGGAUGCCUCUUAGGAGGCCCUCCCCUCAUCCCCAAGACCCACCUCUUCUCCUACCCUUCCACCUACGGCGAGCACAAGUACGCCCUCCCGACCACCCGCUCCACAUGCCACUCCCCUGUUCGCUUCUCAGACUACCGUGCGGUUUUCGAGAAAAUCCGUAAUCUGUGCUGGAAUUCCUCGUCGUCCGCUCCUUCCUUCCCGGGUUUGAGAUACAUGGUGGGCAGGGGAAGCAGCUUCGCGGGGAAUUUUUCGACGCAGAAGAGGAAGUCUUUCUUUAAUCACACCGAUGAUGAUCAGGUGGAGGUCCCGUGUGGAUUCCUCAAGGAAUUCCCCGUCAGGGAAUCUGACAGAUUGGCCAUGGAGCAUUGCAAUGGAGUGGUUGUGGCAUCGGCGAUCUUCGGCAACCAUGACAAAAUUCGGCAACCAAAAGGCUUAGGCGCCCAAACAUUGCAUUCUGUUUGCUUCUUUAUGUUCAUAGAUGAUUCCACUCUCAGAGGCCUUGCUGCCCACAACAUCAUUACGAACACGGAAGGGGACGACGUCGACAUGAUCGGAGCAUGGAGGGUGGUGAGGGUCUUGAGCAGUGAAUUGCCUUAUGAUAACCCUGCCAUGAAUGGAGUGAUCCCAAAGCAUUUGAUUCACAGGCUCUUCCCACAUUCUAAAUUCAGCAUCUGGUUGGACGCAAAGCUUCAGCUCACAGUAGACCCCUUGCUGCUAAUCCAUUCUCUUUUGAUAUCAAAAGAUGCGGACAUGGCUAUCUCCAAGCAUCCUUUUAAUGUCCACACCAUGGAAGAGGUGAUGGCGACUGCAAGGUGGAAGAAAUGGGAAGAUAUUGAGUCUCUGAGAGUGCAAAUGGAGACAUACUGUGAGAAUGGGCUGCAACCUUGGUCACCCAGCAAGCACCCGUAUACAACAGAUGUUCCAGACACUGCACUUAUAAUAAGGAGGCACGGACUUCGUAGCAACCUCUUCUCCUGCCUUCUAUUUAACGAGCUGGAGGCUUUUAACCCCAGGGACCAGCUCGCUUAUGCCUACGUGAGAGAUUUUAUGUGCCCCAAGAUCAAUAUCAACAUGUUCGAGGUGGAGGUUUUCGAGCAUAUAGCCGUGGAGUACAGGCACAACCUCAAACGCGACGGAGUUGGGCAGCAGAUCCGGAGGGCCUCCUCACGAGACAUCAGCGGGAGCAGCUGCAAGGCCUACCUUCUAAAGAUGUGGGGAGAAUCCAACGAUUGAGGCUAAGGCUUUGGCGUUUUCCCACACGCAAGUGCACAUGAUGCCUAUGUGUGUUAUGAGAGAAUGGGGGACCAGAAAUUAAGAGAACGCCGCCCAUAUUCACCAUCCAGUUAGGAGAGACAUUGACUUCUAGAGCACAAGAAGCGGGUGGUGGGAUUGCUUAUUUGGGGGAGGGGAUCAUAUUUGGUCCCUCCACCAGUUGAGACCGCUCUCUUUGGGCCAUUAUUUAUGAUUCUUUAUGUAAGCACUUGAGGAAGAGAGUAAUUCUUUUUUCAGCCUAUUUGGCAUUCCGAUGAAUGAAUAAUUUAUUAUUAGUGCUUUGUUUAAUGAACACAAAGGCAUUUUUUUUUA